CAAGGCAGCCCUGGAGGCAGCUGGGCUGCCCUGCUGUGCUCAGGUCCAGGGAGCUGGGCGAGAGGCCCCAGCAGGUUGGCCUGGCCUCUGUGAAGGAAGCAAGGAUGACUAAAGAACGCCAUGGGGCAGAAGCCCAGCAGUGGCCCCUCUUCCCGACCCCUCCGCCCGAAGUCCUGGGAGAUGUACUGGGUGAGCAAUUUGGCCCCCUGCCCUUUAUGGCGCCCAUCACCCGCAUGAAGAGGAAACCUGCUGGGCACUACUUCCCCACGGAGAACCGGGAGCAGGUGCUGGGGCGAAGACGGGCGGCCAACGCCAAAGAGAGAGAGAGGAUAAGGAACUUGAACAGUGGCUUUUCCAAGCUCAAGGCUCUCGUGCCACUGAUUCCCAAAGACCGGAAGCCUAGCAAGGUCGAUAUGCUGAAAGCAACAGCUGAAUACAUUCGCCUGCUACGCUUGAUUUUGGAAGAAACAGGAGGACUUCAGAAGCUGGAAGAUCCAGCCGGCCAUCCACCCCCUGGGCCUGCCUCAGUGCCAGAAACUCUAGAGAGGUGUCCGUUGAGAAAUACCCUCCCACAGAGCACCGACUGCUAUAUUAAGACCGAGACUGAUGUUGCAACCGUGUGGACAGAUGAGGUGGCGGAGGGGGCCCCUGUGUACGCCUGGGAGGAGACCGUCCUACCCGCCUACAUGGGGAUUGUCGAAUUUCACAAAAACGGAUAA